GCUCUGCGCCUGCGCCGCCUCUCACCCUCGGAAAAAUGGCGGCAUUCUUAUUGCAAGACUUGGAUGGUUCCGAGCUGUCUAAGUUGUCAAAAGGGACACUAAACAAACUCGAGAAGAUUAUAUCGGAUCAGCAUUACGAAAUCGAUACCCUCAAAGCCCAGCGGGAACAAUUCAGAGUUGACUGUGAACAACAUUUCUUUGACAAGGUGAAACAGCUGUCACAGUGUCAAGAAGACUUUCUGAGACAGACACAAGAACACAGUACACUGCAAGAGGAGUUGGAGAAAAUCGCGGAUGAGCUAAAAAGUGCCCGUGAGAAGAACCAUCAGUAUGAACUUGUUCAAGAGAAGUCAUUUUCAGAACAGACUAGGCUGUCAAACGCCAAGGAAGAACUGGAAACACAAAAGCUUGAACUUGUGCGGACACUUGAGAGGAGAAGCUUGGAAGUGGAGCAUUUAAAUGAUGACUUGAGGCAACUGAAUGAUAAGUUGGUGGAGGUCAGUGCCUCCAAAAUGUCUCAGCAGCUGAGGUUAGACGAACUUGAAGCAACGGGAGUCAACAUCAAAUACAAGGAGAAGCGUAUGGAACAAGAAAAAGAGCUCCUGGAUGGGCAAACAUCUUGGUUGAAUGCAGAGUUGAAGGCCAAGAGCGAAGAACUUAUGAACUUGUCCCGACAGAAGGGUAAAGAAAUCCUUGACCUGAAAUGCAGCCUGGAGAAUAAAAUAGAUGAGUUGAACAGGGUCCAGGAACAAGUGGCCAGUCUGAAAACAUUAAAUGAAAACCACCAAAAACAGAAUGACGACCUAAUCCACAAACUGAAAGAAGCAAAGGAGCAGCAGACCACUACAGAGGAAAAGUUCAGAAAUGAGCUGAAUGCCAACAUUAAGCUCUCCAAUUUAUACAAGGUAGCAGCAGCUGAUUCUGAGGCCAAGGGUGAAGAGCUGAGUCGAGCCAUAGAGGAGCUGCAUAAACUUCUGCAAGAGGCCGGGGAAGCUAACAAAGCUCUUGAGGAGAAUUUGCAAGUAGCCAAUGCUGCUUCGGAUCAGACCGUUGCAGAGCUGAAGGAGAGGAUCCAAGCGCUUGAGAAGGAAUUGGACAAUGCCAAUGAGCUCCUUUCCUAUUCAAAACUAAGAGGUCCAGUUGGCACAGCAUCUGUGCAUACUGAGGCGCAAAUGACAACGGUGUCACCAACAGCUGCUGCUGUGUCAAAGAUUAAACCUGAAAUGAAGCUCACUGAAUUAUAUACUGCAUAUGUAGAAAGCCAGGAGCAGUUGCAGUUGGAGCGCCUGGAGAACAAGCGUGUCAACAAGUAUCUCGAUGACAUAGUACAAGAAGUGGAGGCAAAGGCUCCCAUUUUGAAACGGCAGAGGGAUGAGCAUGAGCGCAUGCAGAAAUCUGUAGCCAGUCUUUCAGCCAAGCUGGAGCAAGCUGUAAAGGAGGUGCACCGCCUACAGAAUGAAGCUGAUGAAGCCAACAAGCGUUCCUCUGUUUUAGAAAGGGACAAUAAAAGAUUUGAAUUGCAGCUUGCAGACAUGGCUCAUCAGGUGCGCGUGCUCCUUAUUGAGCUCGAGGAGGCCCGAGGAAACCACGUGUUUAUUGAGGAGGAGUUGAGUUCUGCGGAUGUUAGCAGUACCUCAGAAGUGAUUAGUCAACACCUGGUGACCUUCCGAAGUGUGGAAGAGCUACAGAAGCAGAAUCAGCGUCUUCUGGCGGCCCUCAGGGAUCUUAGUGACGCCCAAGAGAAAGAGGAGUUGGAAGCCUCUGGUUACAAGCGAGUUGAAGUGGAGCAGAGUUUGGAGACUACCUUGGCUGAGGUGGAGUCUCUGAGGGAGCAACGCAGCCAACACGUAAAGAUGGCAGAGACCAUUAUGAGGCAAAGAGACAUGUACCGUGUGCUGUUGGCUCAGGCAACCGGAGUCAGCUUCCCUCAGCAAGGGACAUCAUCUGAGGAGCUCACACUUACGUCAACCCCUCGCCGUUCACCUGCAGCCACACCCACCACUGGGACACCCACUGCACUUGUAUCCAUGGCAACUGACACUGCUGAAGCAUUGGAGGCCAAGGCAGCCCUGCGACAGCUGCAGGAGGUGUUUUCCUCCUAUAAGAAAGAACGAUUGGAGAGUGACAAGGCACUGACCGAGCAGAAUGACAAACUCCUGCAACAGCUUUCAGAUCUUCGCUCCCAGAAUGCCAAGAUGGCAACACAGUUGGAGUUCACUUCCAAGAGGUAUGAAAUGUUGCAGGACAACGUUGAGGGCUACAGGAAAGAGGUUGCUUCCAUCAGAGAGAAGAAGCAGAAAUUGGCCUCUGCCUCGCAGAAACACGAGCAGACCAUCAACACAUUAUCUGAGGAUCUACGAGCUGCACAGGAAAAACUCACACUAGCAGAGGGUCUUUCUGAGGGUCUGCGUAAAGAGAGAGACAUGUUGAAACUGGUUGAGUCAAGGUUGACUCAAGAGAAGGAUAUGAUCGUGAGUCAACAACAGAGUCAGAACCUUUUGAUGACCAACCUUCAGGCUAUUCAGGCGACGCUUGAGCGUUCAGAUGUUGACACACGUCAGCGCCUUGACAGCCAGAUUGAGAAGCAAGAGCGAGAGAUCUCUCAGCUACAGAAGAGGUUGGAGCAUGAGGUGGAACAGCGGUAUUUGCUGAGCAGAAAUCAAGAAAUCCAAGUAAUGGAAGCAAAACGGCAAUUGGAGACACAAGUGGCUUUACACCAGAAGACUAAAGAGCUCCUGAAUGCUGCCGAGGUAGAACUCGACUCCCUCAGGGUGCAGCAAGGUAGCAUCGAACAACGUCACAUCCUGGGCUCCCCCUCCACACCCAAAACUAGAGGUUGGAACAAAGAAACAUGCUUGCAAGUUUCAAAUCAAGAGCGGGAAGAUCUUCAGGGUCGUUUGCUGCAGGCUGAAACACGGGCAGAGCAGCUGGCAGAGAGCCUUAAAGCAACCACUUCCAGUAUGGAACAGUACCGAGCCAUGGCUCAGAGUCUGGAGGAAUCCCUGGACAAAGAGAAACAGGUCACAGAGCAGGCUCGUGCCUCCAUUGAAACUCGUGUGAAGGAGGCUGAUGAGCAACACCGCAGGCUUGAGGAGAAGCUUCUGGAUGCCGAGAGAGAGAAACAGAAAAUGGAAGACCAAAAUAAGCAGGCUAUGGACUCCUUGAAUAAGCAGAUGGAUGAGCUCAAAAGGAAUCUGAGCAGCGCCCAGGCAGAACACCACAUGGCACUACAACGUUUGUCAGCUGCCGAAUCCCAGCAGCUGCAGGCUUUACAAGACACCCAAGAGCAGGCUAAACUGGCAGCUGAGGCACAAGACAAGUAUGAGCAGGAGAUGAUGCUGCAUGCUGCAGAUGUGAAGGCUAUGCAGGAUGCUAAGGUUCAGGCGCUGCAGGCAGUUGAGCUCAGGCAUCAGCUGGAGGAGAGAGCCCAACGAGCCAGUGCUGAGCUAAUGGAGGCCAGGAUCUCCUGGGGGGAGCAGGAAAACAUCCUUAAGGAGGAGAUGUCCAAGAUAGAAAGUCGCUUUGAAGAGUUGCAGAGGCAGAACGGUCUCUUGCAUGAACAGAUUCAAACAAUGAGUAGCAAGAUGGCUGAGAAUUUGCAGCGUGCUGCAAAUGAGAGUCCACUUAACACCUCCCUGACUGAAGAAGGCAAAUCUCAAGAACAAGUCCUUGAGAUUCUCAGGUUUGUGCGUCGUGAAAAGGAGAUUGCAGAGUCUCGUUUUGAGUUUGCUCAAGGGGAGAGUUUGCGUUACCGUUUAAGGGUUGAACACCUGGAACAGGAGCUAAAAGAGGUUCAGGACAGCUUGAGUGCUGCUCGACAGAGGAUGCAGGUAACGGCAAAGACCCUCGCCCAGCAUGAUGAGCUAAUGAAAAAGACAGAAACUAUGAGCAUCCUAAUGGAGACAAACAAGAUGCUGCGAGAGGAGAAGGAUAAAUUGGAGAAAGAGCUGCAGCAAACCCAAGCUAAGGUGCAAAAAUUGGAGUCAGAUGUUUUGCCACUGAAACAGACAAACACUGAACUGAGUGAGAAGAGUGGCAUGCUACAAAUGGAGAAAAAAAUACUGGACGAUGAAAUCAAGCGCUGGAAAGCUAGGACACAGCAUUUGGUGAGUCAGCAAAAAGAUUCUGAUCCAGAUGAGUACAAGCGUCUACAUUCAGAGAAGGAAGUACACCUCAAACGUAUUCAGCAGCUCAUUGAAGAGAACAACAGGAUCAAAGCAGAGGUUACGAGGACCAGCAAUCUUACAACAUCCCAGCAAAGCCAAAUUCAAAACUUGCUUGAUAAUUUGAGUAAGAUAACAGAUGAAAGAAACCUGCUCAAAGAAGAGGUCGUCGCAAAGAGACUUGAAAUUCAGGAGAAGGUAGAGACGAUUAGCCAGGUCAAAAAGCUUGGACGACGCUACAAGACUCAGUAUGAUGAUCUUAAAGUACAACAUGACAAGAUUGUAGCUGAGGCUGCAGGCCCAUCAAAAGAAGAAGAGGCUCGGCAAGCAUCAAUUCAGGAACUGCAGGGGCUUAGAGACUCUCUGAGCCAAGCUGACACAAAGAUUACAGACUUGGAGGGACAGCUGGAGAAUAUUAACAAGGUGGUUGCAGAGCGUGAAAUUGAGGUGCACAAUGCUCAGGAACAGUCAUCCAGGCUGCAGACAGAGCUGGCCAGGCUAAAGCAAGCGUUGCAGGAGAAAGAGGACACACUGAAACAGCAGAUGGCAGACAAGGUGGAAAAGACCAGGAAGGCUAUAGUUUUUGCCAAGCAAAGGAUCAGCCAGCUCACAGGCGCCAAAGACGAGCUGCAGAAAGAAAAGGAGGAGCUCAAGCAGCGAUUUGAGGAGCAAAAGCAGCUAAAUGAGGAGUUAGAGGUGCGUGUAAGUGCAAUAAAGUCUCAGUACGAGGGACGGUUUAAUCGACAGGAGAGAGAACUGAGAGAACUGCGAGGUCAGCAAGAGAGACAAGAGCAAAGAGAUGAGCCUGCUGAGGCAGGUCCAAGCAAGCCUCAGGAGCAGCAGAGAAGCACAGAACAGAGACAGAUCACUCUUAAGUCUACCCCAGCUGCAGAUAGGGGCAGCGCCAGUAGCUCUGAGCCACCAACUGCCAACAUAAAGCCAACACCUGUCGUCGCCACAGCCAGCAAGCAAGCCGUCAACCCUGGGAACAAACCCACUCCAAGGGCCAGCAUCAGGCCCAUGAUCACACCGGCCCCUGUGCCCACUCCAACCCCCACCGCUACUGUCAUGCCCACAACACAGGUCGAGACCCAGGAAACCAUGCAGACUACAGAGGGUCCGCCAGUGGAGCAUGUGACUGUGUAUGGGAGUGCCAGUGGUUCUGUGCGCUCGGCAAGUCCCAACAUCCAGACUACGUUAGCCGGCCCCAUGCUGACUGUCCAGCAAGCCCAAACACAGGCCACAGCCUUUGUUCAGCCAACUCAACAGCAGAGCGUUACCCAUGCAGAGCCAGUCAAUCAGGAGAUGCCACCUGUGAUAAUUGAGGCAACGCAGAGCUCGCAGGUGGAAUGGCCUUCAACAUCCUCCACCUCUGCUGUAUUUGGAACUGUUUCAGCAACACCAGGGUCUUCUUCCUCAUUGUCCAAAAGGCCUCGUGAAGAAGAUGAGAGUAGCAGCACUAUGGUCACAGAUAAUGAGGCCCCUCAAGAGGACACCUCCAGGGCUCCUAUUCCAAAAAAGCUGCGCAUUAUCCAAAGAGUGGGUCCAGAGGAGGAAUUGAUGGCUGAUGACAGUGCUGAGGCUGAGGGGGUGGUGCCGACAGACAGUCAGGAAGGUGUAGAAGCCAGUCAGACUGAAGAGCUUGCGGCACUGGAUGAAGAUGAGAGUGCAGCCUCUCAAUCUACCACCAUGCAUCAAGAAGUCGCUCUUUCACAGAGUGAAACUCCUGAGCAGCAGCUAGAAGUGAUCGUCAUAGUCACUGAUACGGAGAGUGAGGAAAACCCAGAAGAUGGGGAUGAAGAGGAGGAUGAGCAGGACUACGAUGAGGGCGAUGAGGAGGGAGAUGAGGAGGUGGAGGAAGAGGAGGAGGAAGAUGAUGGUGGCAUAGAAGACGGAGAGGAGAGUAACGACGGGAGUGGAGAAGGCAAUGAAGCCUACGAAGGAGAUGACACAGAGCGAGCUGACGCAACUGACCCAGGGACCGAGACAGAGGAGAGUUUGGGGGCGUCAGACUCCACCCAGAGGCCAGCAGAUUCCCAGACGGCCAGCUUUGAGGCCACAACAAUGGAGGCCUUUUCUACCGAACAGCCCAUCACAAGCUCGGGUAUACGGAUGCCCCAAUCACCAAGGAGACCAACACAUCCACUACCGCCGACUCAGAUGUCCCAGCGCAUCCCUGCUCGUCGCCAGUCGGUGGGCAGGGUCCCUCAGCUCUCUGGUGUCCCCAGCAGUGCUCAGCACCUCAUUGAUGAAGAGGACCGGAUGGUACCUAGCGCUCCGACAUUGGUAGUGCCACACCGCUCUGAUAGUUUUGACCAGGCUGUCCACAGUUCUCCCCAAGUGGCCGCAAGGACCUUCCGUUUUGGCCAAUCAGACGAAGUCCCACAGACCAGUUCAGAUCUCGGCCAACUUGCAGCCCAAGGAGGUCUUGGGAUGUUUGACAGCCCCUUGUUCCUCAUAUCUCAUGAAGAGGAAUCUGGUGGACGUAGUGUUCCCACUACACCAUUGCAAGUGGCGGCCCCAGUCUUCUCUGAGGUGAUUCUAUCAGAUGCCACAGAGCAGGCCUCUCAGUCGGUUCCCAUGGUGAGCACGUCCACUCCCGGCAUACUUGCGCCAGGCACAGCCAGUACAAGCGAGGAAAGAGACGACGUCUUCCUGGAGUCAGACCCUGAUAAUUCCAGGCCCAGUGCUGAGAGUUCAGUGGAUGCUGUGGUAUCUCAAGAUGAUUUGGUUGAGCCCAGUCAGCCUUCCGACACAGCCAGCUUACCUUCCACCAGCCAGGAGCCUUCAUCCAGCUCUGCAGAUACAAGCAGCGCUCCAACCAGGGCUGCGCCCAGCAGACAGCUGCAGCGUUGGCCAGGGAGCCGUGGUGGGCGCGCCAAGAGAGGAGGUCAAGCAUUUCCUUCAAGAGGAGUUCACGGCAGACGCAUCGCCAGAUGAAGCUCCCUACAUGGACAUCGUGACAGUCUCAACAAGUCACUCUUCUUCAACUUGAUCACUUGUUCGAAAGUUUUUUGCUUUUAUAAUUUUGAUGAGUCUAAGGUGGUUAUGUGCUUUCUGAAAAAUGUAAUUAAAAGUGUUGAACAAGUCCAA